AUGCCUGAAGCCAAGAUUUCACCCUCCAUGCUUUCCAGUGACUUUGCCUUUUUAGCUGCUGAAGCUAAACGUAUGCAAAAGAAUGGUGCUGAAUGGCUUCAUCUUGACGUUAUGGAUGGUCAUUUUGUUCCUAAUCUCACUUGGGGAGCUCCUAUUAUCUCUGCUCUCCGUCCUCACACCGAAGCAUAUUUUGAUUGUCAUAUGAUGGUUUCUAAUCCUGCUCAAUGGGUUAAUGAUAUCGCCAAGGCUGGAGGACAGAUGUAUACUUUCCAUAUUGAAGCAACUAAGGAUCCUUUGGGCUUAAUCCAACAAAUUCAUGCUGCUGGUAUGAAGGCUGGUGUGGCCAUUAAACCUAAAACACCUGUUGAAGAAGUCAUUGGACCUAUUGCUGAACAAUGCGAUAUGAUCCUUGUCAUGACAGUUGAGCCUGGAUUUGGUGGACAACGAUUCAUGGCUGAAUGUAUGCCCAAGGUCGAAACACUUCGUCGCAAAUACCCAAACUUGGAUAUUGAAGUAGAUGGUGGAUUAUCUUUAGAAACCAUUGAUGCUUCUGCUGACGCGGGUGCCAAUGUGAUUGUAGCUGGAACUGGUAUUUUCAAGGCAGAGAAGCCUGAUGAGGUUAUUACUACUUUUAGAGAAAAGGUCAAUAAGGCCCAGGCUAGAUUUGCUCAAGAAGCUGGCACAAGUGUCUAA